GUGGCUGGCUCAAGAUGGCGGCCGACAGUGAGGUGAGUCCUCCUUCGGAGCGCCCUCCCCACCCCCUCCCGCUGCCGCUAAGCAAAGAGGGGGGUGACGCUCCGCGGGUCGCCCCUCUUCACCCCUCCCCGUCCACACCCGCCCUUCAGCGCCUCACUCGUCUUCUUUCCCCCCCGCAGCCGGAGUCCGAAGUGUUCGAAAUCACCGAUUUCACCACCGCCUCUGAGUGGGAGAGGUAUGUAUCGCUCUUCGCGGCGGGGCCGCCUCCGUCUCCUUCGCGGACCCUCCAUCGCUGCCGGUCCCCCCCCCUUUUUUUAAUGAACUGCCUCCCUUCUUUCUCGAGUUGUCUCUUCCCGUCCCGUUUCCUACUUUGCCCUUUGCGGAGCUGCGUUGGGGUUGUGUGUUUGACAGUAGAGGAGAAGGGUGUGUGCCUGUCUGUCUGUCUGUGUCUGUCUUCGCUUCUCGGCUCUCGGAUGAUCUGGCGACAAGCUGGCUGCAAGGUCCAGCUGCUCUGGGCGAAUUUGGGGAGAGGAAGAGGCAGGGGGAGACUCCCAGUGACGACACCUGGAGGGAGCCCCCCUCUUGUUUUGGGGUGGGGGACAUCUUAAGAAUUGGGGAGAGGGAGAAUGCACCUGAAAGGUGGUUGCUGGGUUGGUAACCCCCUACCCCCCCCCCCCAUAAUAAUAAUCCAUGUUGCCAGAAAGGGCUCUUCUGCAGCCUGUCCUCCGCCCCAGGAAUGUUGUCAAAUCUGUUCCACAGAUGGACUGAAAAACAAGUUUGCCUGGCAAUGUGGUUUUAUUUUUUUAACCUGCCUUCCUGUCUGCUACUUGUUUCUAUGGCAAGUGAGUUACGCCAGAAAAUAGUUCAUGCUGGGUGAAUGGGUAACUGUAUACGGUAACUUAAAACCCACCCACGAAAAACCCAAAAUAUAAAGGGGUUGAUGGCAUGGUGGUUGAUCUCUUAGCAGCUUUUGAUCCUGUUGGCCCUGACCAUCUGAUCAAGAUCAUUUGCGUUGGAAGCUGUGGAUUGUGCUGGGUGUGAUUGUGCUUCAAGUAGAUUCCAGGCAGUCUUAGCUCAGAGACUUAUUAAACCAAAAAGUCUUGAUGUAGCAAACCUAUAUAAGAAAGUAAAAUAAAAUGGAAACUACCUCCAUUUCUAGUAAAAUAUUCUGAGAUGGAGGUGGGGGAGGGUGCAUUGACAACCCAUGUAUUGGGGAUGCGGGCCAGAAAGGAAAGGAAGGGGGUACUUGUGACAACUGUCUGGCCAAGGCCCCAACUUUAAAAGAAGUGAGGCUGGGCACAUCAUUGGAGCAGCCUCCAAUGUGCACACAGGGCAUUUAGGGGUGAAGGUAAUCCUGCCCACAGCCCUAAACAUAACACACAAAUAGAUGCAGCAGAUCGAAUAGCACUAAUCUUCCAGCGGCUUAAUUACCUGUGUGUGAGAGAGUUUUCUCCUUGAUGUGUGGAGCUUGAUUAAUUCUAAGCACCUAGGUUUCUGUUAGCUUGGGAACAGCCAUGCUCAUCCUGAUGUAUUAUCUGCAUUAGGGAAAGAUAUGUAAGAGUGCCUUCUUUUAUUGUUGAACUCUCAGCAGCUUUUGAUACUGUUGGUCCUGAUAUUCUUCAAGAUUCUGUGUUGGAAGCUGAGGUUUGUGCUUUAGGAUUCCAGGCAGGUAGUGCAAGGAGACUGUUGUUUCUCUUCAUGGGAAUUAUCCUCUGAGGUUCUCCAGAUUCAGUAUUGGUUUCUAUGCUGGGUGCAGUUGGCUUGAGGUUUGGAGAGUGGUUCCAUUAAUGUUUCUGUUGACACUUGGCUCCAUUUCUCCUUUUCAUCAGAUGAAAGUGGAGCUUUGACCUCGCUUAACAAAAGCCAUGAAUGUGUAAUGGACUUUACAAAGGUGAAUAAACUGAAGUUUAUUCCAGACAGACAAUAUGAUAGUCAAGCAGUCUGAUCAGGAAAUGUCUGCAAGCACUUUCAGCUGGUUUAGAAUUUGCUUAUGGGUUUUAGCUGUCAUCAACUUAAAACAUUUCUUAAGAUUUUUUUCAUUAGCAGCGAGUCUGUUUCCUUGUUCAAUUCAAGAUGCUGGCCUUGACUUUUUUAAAACCCUAAACGGCCUCUUGGGGAGCACCUUCCUCUAUUUGUUCAAAAAGUGUUUUCAUUAUCAAUGUAUUGUAGAGUAGCUCCUGCAUUUUGUUAGGGGUUGGGCUAGAAUAUCUCUAAAGGCUCUUCCAGCUCUAAAAUGAUCUACGUUGGGAACUGCUGUAUACUAAAUAAUAAUAAUAAUAUAUAUUUAGAUAUAUAUAUAGAUAUAUAGAUAUAAAAUAUGCUAGUGAAUGUGCGGGUGAUGUUCUACUAAAAUUGAUUUGUGUCUGUAUGUAUAUAUGUGUGAGAGGGAAGGAGGGAGAGAGAGAGAUGUUCUCCUGAAUAUGUUGUUUUACAGCACAAUCCUAUAAUGUCUACUCGGAAGUAAGUCCUAUUAAAUUCAUUGUACUGUACUUACUUGCAGGUAAGUAGAUAUAAGAUUGUAGCCUAAAGCUACCACUGUUAAAUUGUGCUAAUAAUCAGCCAUGAAAAGUUUUAAGGCCCUUAUGUUUUAAUAUUCAUUUUUAUGGCUAUGAGUUAUAAUAUAAGCAUUGCAUGAUGUUAGUUCUAUAUCAUAACUUUCCUUGUUAGAUUUAUUUCCAGAGUUGAGGAAGUUUUGAAUGACUGGAAACUUAUUGGCAUUUCUUCAGGCAAAGUUUUGGAAAAGGUAAGAUUGCCUUUUGAACUGUGUUUGGUGAAAAUAUAAACCAUUAGUCCCAUUCUAUGACAUCUUUAUUUAGAAACUUAACAAUUUUGGCAGAAUUCCUCCAGCAGUUUACAAACUUAUAAAAUCAAAAUACGAUAAAGUACAAAUAAAGAUCAGGAUACAAUAAAUAUAAACCUCCUACUUAAACCACCAAGUCAGCAGCUAAGUGGGAUAAUACUUGCAAACAUCUAAAUAUGCUGUGUAAAAAGCUCAGUUUAUAGGAUACAUUUGAAGCAUCCAGACUAGAGGAUUGGUGCUACAACAGAAAAGGCUUGUUUCUGAAAGAGGUUUCUGGAUGACCUUCUGCUGGUUGCAGUGUUUCCAGCAGAGGCUCCUUUGAUUAUCAUAAAAGUUAAUUUGGCCUAUAAAAGGUGAUCUGCUAGGUAUCCUGGUCUCAAGUUAUUCAGGGAUUUAUAUACGAGUAAAACCUUGCAGAAUUCCUUUAUAUGAAACUUAUUUAAAACACUUUCUAUUUGUAAUAGUGGAAUUGCAUUCAGAGAUGUGUAGUAACGUUAUAUUGCAAAUAAUUUUGCCCAUACAUAACUAAUGUUUCUGCCCUAUUUGAUAUUCAGGGUGUAUAUACCACUGAAACAUGGGAGGAGAAAUCCGAUGAGAUUGCUUUUGCUGAUUUCCGAUUCUCAGUGACACACCAUUAUCUUGUGCAAGACUCCAGUGACAAGGAUGCAAAAGAGGAACAAGUAGAAGGUAGUUACGUUUUCCAUCACCCAAAUAUUUUUGAGUCUUUACUAUAUUAGAUUGUGUUGUUACUGAAUGUUGUUGUUGGCAUACAUCUCUCUUUCUUGAGAGAGAGAGAGAGAGAGAGAGAGAGAGAUAGAUAGAUAGAUAGAUAAUGGAGUGUACCUCCAGGGGUGAAAACAAAUUGAUGUGUUAGCAGCACCAAAGUGACCUCCCCAGGACACAAGCCUGGGUACUGUGUAUGGAGGUCCUGGGCUGCACAGAUGACAGAACCCUACUCUUGGCCUCACUGAUGUGGUCCAAAGGAAAGCAGAGCAAUAUGUUUGGCUUCUUCACUGCAGGAAUUGCCGGAAGGAGGUGUACGAGGUGCCAUCCAAUCGUCUUAGCGACUCUUCUCUAGUUUUGUGUAAGGUUUACUUAGCCUUUUCUUCUCCCGAAGAGAGCCUGCAAGGCAGCAGAGGUUUUGGUUCAGAGUUUUGCUUCUCUUAGAUGGGCUACCUUCCCAGAUUGACAAGCCUCAUUUGCCUCUUGUUAUUACUAAUCUAUAAAUAUUGUGAUGAAUAAUGUGUUAUUGAAUUGGUCACUUUUUCGUUAGAACAUGUAGAAUAUCAGUGGUCUAAUUUUCACUAUUUUAAAAGUUGAUAUAAUAGGAUAAUGCAAUUUGAAUUUGGGCAUAUAAUCCUCCUUUCCAGUUGGUUGAGAGAGAUUAAAAGAUCUUACCUUCUAUGAAUACUGCUUCUAAUAAAGAGCAGAAUAUUUUAUGAAAAAAAGGAAGCUUUCUGAAAUCACUUUUUUAAAAAAAACAAAUAUUCAUUGGAGGAAACAAUUCAAAUACCCUAGGGCAGGGGUCGGCCAACUAAGGUCCACGGGCCAGAUAAGGCCCGAGGGGCUCUUUACUCCGGCACGAGGACCUUGCUACCCGCUCGGCCAGUCUCCGCGCUAAACCAGCAAGGUGACUGACUUCCGUGAUGGGCGCGCGGGCGGCUUUGGAUUGGCUCCAGGAAGCUCCCGCAGCCAAUCCGAAGCUGCGGACACCUCUGGGCAGGCAGUGACGCUGGCCAAUCAGAAGUCUUGCCGCCCGUGCGCUGGGAAACCCGGCUCAGCUUCGGAUUGGCUCCAGGAAGCUCCCACAGCCAAUCUGAAGCCGCAGACACCUCUGGGUGGGCGGCGACACUGGCAAAUCCGAAGCUGCGCUGGGCUUCCUCAGCGCGCGGGCGGCAAGGCUUCGGAUUGGCCAGCAUCGCGGCCAUAGACAGAGAGGCUGGCGGGCGCGUCGCGGGCUUCAGCUAGAGCUUGGCGCGCCCGCUGGCCCCGCACCUGGGAAAGCUCUCCCACAAGUGUGAGGUGCCGCUGCCGGCUCCUAACCGCCACCGGAGGAGGUAGGAAAGCAGGGGGAGGGAGUGGGGGAGAGAGAGAGAAGACCCCUGCUGGUGUCUGUAUGUGUGUGUGCGUGCGUGGUCUGGCCAUAGCUGUCAACUGACAGAUUUGAAAAUAAGGGACCAGCAGUCUUGAAAAUAAGGGACCAGCAGCCAAAAUAAGGGAUCUGCAGCCUCACCUGUUCGAGGCACUCCAGUCUUCCUGUCCUCCUGCAGUCUGGUCAAACUCAUGCUGGGUAGCUUCAAGAACACUGUCCAACCAACUUUGUAACCAGAGGUUCAACUGAAUAGAAUCUGAAUCACAUGCACCACAAGGCCUAGGCAGCCUCAACUUAAGAUGGCUCCCCGGCCUGGCUUUGCAUUGCAAAGUUUGCAGCAGCACGUGCAACAAAAUGGCGUCCAGCAUUCAAAACCCCCCUCAGCUUGCAUUAACUAGCCACACACACACAGCCUCCCCCCCACAAGAUCUCCUUUCCUUUUCCCUCACCAUGUGCCCCCGCUCCAGACAGACCUUUUCGCCGGCAAGGGUGAGUGGGCUGUCGAUGACAUAUCCAUCCGAUUCCGAUCUGAGCACUCAGCACAGGUAUGUUCAACUUCUGAGCUUCUCUGAGCCAAAGGUAGAAAGCCCAGCCAGCAGCCACACGAAGCCUCAAGGAAAACCACCGUCACCUCUCCGCUGGGAAGCGCUGAGCAAAGGCAAGUCCCCAGGGAACGCAGCCGAUUUGAUCAGCACAAGGCAUGCAAGCGCCACCCCCAGUCGUUCUUAGACUUCUUAUUGGGUGAGCAAUACAGCCAAGCAACACAGUUGGAGCCUCCCUCCUCCCUGGCCGGCAGGGAGGGAGGGAGAGGAGCUGCUUCCUUUGAAAUUUAAGGGACAUCAUUUAAGGGACAUUUAAGAACAUCCAUCAAUAAGGGACAGCAGCGGGACAUGGCGCUGGAAUAAGGGACUGUCCCUUCAAAUAAGGGACCCUUGACAGCUAUGGGUCUGGCCCACCAGAAGAUUUGAGGAACAGUGAGCUGGCCUGCUGGUAGAAGUUUGCUGACCCCUGCUGUAGGGAAUGAUGCUAAAUGUUACUUUAAAUACUGACUGGUUCCUGUUGUUCAAGUCUCACAGGUGUGAUAAAACAAUACUCCACUUAAAUAAUAUUACUUGCGUACUUUAUAACAUAUUCAUGAUAACAUAUGCACAUUUAGGAGUUUGUCUCAGUGACACUUUUGAGUAAAUAUGGAUUGAAUUGGACUGUUCUGUUUUUCUAUUCUUAUCUCAUAUGGUAGCUUUAAUAAUGUAUCUGGUAAUUUUAUUCUUGUUUUUAUUAUUUACUUCUGUGGCUUGGAUCCAGAGUGGCUAUAUCUUAUCUUUUAUAAUUAAAUUGAUUACCAUAUUUGAUGCGUAGAUGUUUAGUUUGUAUUAUGACUGAACUCUUUCAUUAUUCUGAAUGGUUUUACAGAUAUUAUUCCAGUUGCUAUGCAAGACCUUCUGUGCAUGAACAAUGAUUUUCCUCCCAGAGCUCAUUGUCUAGUGAGAUGGUAUGUCUGCUAAAGCAUUACAUUACAUAUAGCUACAUUAUAGUCACAGCAUAUAAAAUUCAUGAUGUACUGACUAGUACACAGAAUAGUGAUAUGUGAACAAGCCUGGGUGAACCUCAAACUCUUUGCAUCCCUGUGGUGUGACCUUGUAAAGGAAGCUUUCACUUUUAUUUUUAAGUAAAUACAGGUUAGUGUUACACUUGAAAUCAAAUUGUACUUAGUCUUAACUGUAGUUUAAUUAAACAAGCUGACUUCAAACCAUAGUUUAUGAAGCUUGGACUUUUCAGUUAAUCGCAGUUUAGGGUUCUGUCAUAACUGUAGUUGCAAAACUGGAAGCAAACGAUUCCAAUUUAGUCCUUGCAGCUGUGUUGGAGGAGAAGUGUGGGGAACAAGUGAGAGCAGUGCUCAUUCAAGUUAAUUCACAUAAUGCUAAAGCUUAGCAUUAUGUGUUAUGUCUGAACAAGGUUGAUGCUUCUGACAUAUGCUCAGUGUUUAUUAUUCACAAAACUACAUCAAACUUCAAUCUUAGUUUGUUUCAACCAUAUUUUUAGUGAAUAUAAACUAAGCAGUUUGAGAGAGAUUAGAUGUUGCACACUUGAAUAACAUUGAAAGACAUAUAUGUGCAUUUUAUUAUAGGCUUUAAUAUUUGUAAUCUGUAAUUAACUGAAAGCAUUAUUGUUUUUAUUCUAGGUAUGGAUUGCGUGAAUUUGUAGUCAUUGCACCAGCAGCAAAUAAUGAUGCCGUUCUUAGUGAAUCUAAAUGUAACCUCCUUCUUAGUUCAAUUUCUAUUGCAUUGGGGAACACAGGCUGGUAAGUAAGGGUCCACAUCAUGCACAUUCAUCUCAUGCACAUAGCAUGAAACCACGGAUUACAUGUGAACUGGGCAAAUGUGUACAUUCCACAGAAUAGACUGUUACAUAGUCUUUGUGUGUUUAAAACUUUGUGUUGUUUGAUAUGACUAUACGUUCUAAAAUAAUAAAUCUCAAGCACAGUUUUGGCUGUUUGCUAAAAGCUUAGGAUGAAUUGAUACUUGCCAUGGUGAAUAGUAAAGGCUAACAGCUCUGUGUUUCCUAGGCUCUAGACGACUUAAAACACUUUUGUAGCUCUUCUGAAUAUUUUGCAGCCAGGUGCCAGUAUUUGUACAAAUUCAUCACAAAUGGCGAAGAAUGUAUGUCGGAGAGUGUCAAGGUCCUGGAGUUAGAACAGAUUUUGAAAUGGUUCAUCUUCGCAAAGUCCCUAAUCAGUAUACUCACUUAUCAGGAUUAUUGGACAUCUUCAAAUCUAAGAUUGUAAGUAUAGUUUGUGUGGGUGCAUGUAAGCAUUUGCACGUGCCAAGAAUUAUUUUCUUUAGAAAAGUGGGCAAAUUCUGAAAAUCCUGCCUCUGUACCUAUAUGUUGUGCAGAUUAAAACAUCUUCUUAUGACAGAUUAAUGGGUAUUUGGCAGGUACAGCCACAGGAGAAACCUUUGGUUUGUAUUAUAUCAUAUGAACACAGUAUAGCCUUUAGGUUUUUGAAAAGAAUUACUGUGGAUAAGACUUCAUGGGAAAUGUCUGCCAAUCAAUCCAUUUUAAUCAGGAAGACUUGGACUCUGUUCUUAUUUUGAUAUUAGACUUUUCCUUCUCCUUCAAUGAGUAACAGUGCCAUUGACAACUAAUGGAGUCAUCUCCAUUACUAAAUGCUAUUGGUACUUAUCUUAAUCAGUUUUUAUUCUGUCUCAUUAUGCCUGUGAAAUAUGAAAUAUUUCAGUGCUUAUUUUGUAGUGUAUUUAAAGUUAUGCUCUUUCGAUAUGACAAAUGUGUAAAACAAUUAACAUGGGAUUCAGAUUUGCAUUGUCAUCCAUGCAAUAAUUGCCACAUGGUAUGUUGACUUGCAUGUGUGAAUGGGCCAUUGCAUAUUUAACACCAAAGAGAGGACUUUCACAUCACCAGUUAUCAUUUGAUGUCAUAUCAUAGGACACUGUUCAACAAAGUCAGUUCACAUACUCAGUAACCUGUCCUCAAGUGGACAUAAGUACAUGGGUGAACCAGUCUUUAUCAGCUGUUACUUUUGAUUUUCAGACACUUUAGCUCAUGCUCCUAGGGAGCACAGAGGGAUAUUUGCAUGAGCAGUGCAUCUUUCCUUUUCUGAACAGCAGUCAACCCUCUUCAUAAUUGCAAGCUACAUCUGGAACUCAGGUGAACUUCAGAAGUAGGUUGCUAUGAAGCACAGAGAAGUGACUAUAAUAUUUGUGUGUCCAUAUUACUGCUGCUAGCAAUAUUUCGGAAGCCAAAACUUGUUGAGUUUCCGAAUACAUUCAGCAGAUCAGCAGUCAUGUACAUUUAUUAUAUCUGACCCAUUUUAAUAGUAAACCAUUUAUUUUGAGCUUGGGGGUAUUUUGGAAGGAUAGUGAUGAAUGAUCUUCCCAGCAGAUAAAAUGGUGGGAUGUAAAUUCCUAAUAACAUUGAAAAUCUAUCUCUCAUAGAAACUUUCUGACACAUUGUUUGAUUAAAGCAGAUGUCUAGAUAUAUCUGCUUUGGUCCUAACUGUUUGUAUUUCUUUACAUAUGUCUCCUAGGGCUGCCCUUUAACCCCAUUACCUCCAAUCAAUAUAAGUAUUAGACUUACGUACGUACUUCAGGACUGGCAGCAAUAUUUCUGGCCUCAACAACCACCAGGUAUGAUGCUUCCUUGUGUAGAAUUUAUUACAGAAAGUGGCUGAGAUCCACAGAACCCUGGAACUAUGGACUUUUUUCUUUGACAGCAGUGGCGUGUUACCUUUCCUUCCCUGCCCUUUUGCUAUGUGGCAAACCGUUUUUGAAAUGGAGGAGUAUUUUAAAUAGUUUCAGAUAUAGCAUGCCAACUGUCCACAGACAAAAAGGUUUUAUAAAAUUCUUCUGCAAAUCAUGACAAAUGUCUUUUUUUAUUCCCAAGAAAUGUAUGUGAUAUACUAUAGGACAGUGUAGACACGUAUUAUACUUGUUGCCGUUCUUUAUUAUCCUUACAAUCCAAGUUGGUUUGUUUUUUCAAUCGUCUUCUUUGGCGAUCACUCAUAGCCGAGUAAGAUUGUCUUCCAUAAACACGGUUUUAACAAUGAGUCUGUAAGUGACUGUGGAGGCCAAUUCUGGACCCACAUGUCCUUCAACAGUGGGGACAUUGGUUCCCGGGCGGCAGUUGAUCACGGUGUGGAUUUGCCAAGCGUGCCUUCCUCUUAGCAUGUUUCUCCUUUGCAUUCUAAGUUCGAGUGUCUUCAAAGUACAUGACACCUUUGCUUUUUUCAGUAAAGCUUAGCCCUCUCAUUGACGGUGAAUAAAUAACUUGAAAUGUUUGCCAUUCAAUAUGUAAUUUAUGACUUGCCAGUCCUUGGACAUCUUGGUUCGAAAUAAGUGUUUAAGCUUUCACAAGCUUGUAUCACUUUGUAACAGUAUUGACUAUCAACAUCUUUGCCAAGUGUAAAAAUGAAACACAAAACUCCAUUACAUAAAAAAAUAGUUUCUGCGGAAAUUGUAUAUGGCAGAAAAAAUUGUACCCAUUUUACUUGGAUCUUGGAUGAGCUCCAAUGAAGCAUGAACAAGCAUCUACUUGUUCAACAGGGUUUCUCCUUCCUCGCCAUUCCUCCUGUGGUCCCAUUGUGUGCCCCUCAAACCUGAUCUGGAUUGUUGAGAGAACCUCAGGAUAAUACUUUGUAGAUGCAUAUGGGGACUGGAAAAGAGAGAAGAGAACUGAUAAUCACUGGAAAUCUGUGGCAAAGUUGGGUGUACAUAUUAGAUGUCACCCAGUGCAUAAUUUUGUUACUUAAUUCUGAUGUAAUGAUCAAACAUGUUUUCUGUCAAUAGAUAUAGAUGCUUUGGUUGGAGGUGAAGUUGGAGGCCUCGAGUUUGGAAAGUUACCAUUUGGUGCCUGUGAGGAUCCCAUCAGGUAAGACCUGGUAUAAUCAAAUAUUUAGUUUCUAAAGUAAAAUGGAAUUGAUCUUGUUGUGAUGGGAAGCUAAAUCUUCAACAGUUUACUCAAAAGAAAUGUUGCUUAUGUAAUCUGACAUGAUACAGGUAAAGGUAAAGGGACCCCUGACCAUUAGGUCCAGUCGUGACCGACUCUGGGGUUGCGGUGCUCAUCUCGCUUUAUUGGCCGAGGGAGCCGGCGUACAGCUUCCGGGUUAUGUGGCCAGCAUGACUAAGCCGCUUCUGGCAAACCAGAGCAGCGCACGGAAACGCUGUUUACCUUCCCGCUGGAGCGGUAGCGUAAUGCUGUUGACCAAAGCUCUUCAAAUGUAAUUGCUAUCCAUGAGCUAAAGUAUUUGCUUUGUGGACUGUCCUAAUUUUCGAGGCUACUUCUUCGAAUAAACAUUCUGUUUGCAUGCAAAUAGACAGUGAGAAAGCACACAGUAUAUGUUGUGGACAGGUGUGAAGUUAUGCAGCAAUGACCAGGAAAAUAUUGGAUCUCAGCUGUAUAUUUAAAAAAUAAGAUGAAAAAGACAUAUGUGCUAUUCAUAAUGGACAUAAGUGUAUUAAACUAAAACUUGUGUGCAAAAUGGCCAGAUGCACAUAUAACAUUAAGCUGUGGUUAACGUUAAUUGUAGUUAAACUUGUGGCAUCUGACAGAUUAUUGCUUACAUCUUGGUUUAUUAUGUGUACUUCCACAUUAUAAGAAACACAAGCCAGGAAGAACUGCUCUUUCAGCUCUGUAACUUCUGGGCACUGAUAGCUUCUUAACUGUAACUAAGGGGGAUGUUCCAGUUCAUACAGAAUGCUAAGCUAUGGCUAACAUUAACUGAGGGUUGUCAAUUACAAGCUCUAGUUAAAGAGUGAUUUUUAACCAUUUUUAAACCAUAGUUAAGCUGCUGGACUGGAUUUGUACAACUCUAAGCCAUACUUCAAUAAACCACGGUUUAGAGUUAAGUUCAACCCAAGCCAAUGCGUUGUAAGUAGUGACUGUAGUCUAUGGUUGUGUGGUGGUUUCCGAAUUCUGUCUCCAAGUGUGCCACUUUUACUUUCAGUGAACUUCAUUUAGCAACUACAUGGCCUCAUCUAACAGAGGGUAUAAUUGUGGACAACGAUGUUUAUUCGUAAGUAUAUUUUUGACUUCAUUUUCUUUUUGUAAUCAAACAUCUGAGCUUCAUUUUUCAGAACACUACAUAAUCUAGAAUUCUGGUCUAGUUGAGAAAUACUUAAAUAUCGGUUUAGCAAACACGGUAGCUAUUGUAGUAGUAUGAAAGUCAAUUUUGCUCGCGUUAUUAUUAUUAUUAUUACUACUACUAUUAUUAUUACAAUUUUCUCAUAAGCUUGAUACAGCUACUACUUAAGAGGCAAUUUAAGAAAGAAAGAAGCUGCUGUUAUGACCAUUAUUCUUUUUUUAACAUUUAUAUCCCACCUUUACUCCCAAGAGCUCAGGGUGGUGUACACACCUCCUAUCAUGUUUUAUUCUCACAAAAAUCCUGUAAGGUAGGCUUGGCUGAGAGGUGGUGACUGGCCCAAGGUCACCCAGUGAGCUCCAUGACUGAGUGGAGAUUUGAAUCUUGCUCUCUCAGGACCUAGUCCGACACUCUAACCAUGACCCUGCACUGUCUAUGCAACAAAGUUCUAACAUUUUUAUUUUAAUUCCAACACUUUUCAUAGUGUCUUGCUGUUAGAAUGGUUGAGUCAAACUAUUUUAAUUGGACGCCUGUGAUUUUUAAAAUUCGUGUUAUUUCUAUUUAUCUGUGAUGUAUUUUCUUCCUCCUGCAUUUGUGGGUAUUUUUGCUAUUCUAAUGAUUGGAGCACUCAAGGACAGUUGUGUCAGCUUCAUGUUAGAGAGGAACUUGGAUCUACAGUAUGAUUUACUUACAUGAUUGCUGUAUGGUGAGAGAGCCAUCAGGAAGACACAAAUAAAACCCAUUGAAAGCCCAGAUGUAUAAGAAGGUCGCUACACAAUAAAGUUAGAUAUGAGGAAGAACUACUGAGUCAUGCUGGCAGCCUUAUGUAAAAAGGCACAGAAUGGCCUUGGGAAAAUCAGUCAGAGAUGGAGAUGGAGAAGCCAUCAGUUUUACAUGGAUGUAUACAUUGAAUAUGGCAGCUCCAGCCCAAUUGAGCCUUGCCUGCAUUAGACCACCUGUGCUUUGGGGCACCUGCUUUGGUGCAAGCCAUUCAUGCAUUGUCAGGUUUGUUUGUUUCUUAAAGCAUGGCUAAUUAUAUGCAAAAAGCACAUAUUACAUACACAAUGCAUACAUGUUAUGUGUAUAAUCCUUUAAAAAGAUUCAAGCACCAUCUGCAGCAUGAUUUUUAAAGUAUUAAUACAUGAUUUCAUACCAUUAUAUGAAUUGCUGUAUGCAUCUGGUUACUUUGGGGCAAUAUGCUGUGUGUAAUAGUCUGCAAGAAUAGUGCAUAAUAUGUGAGAAUUGUCAGUGUUUUAGUGGAGCUGGUAAAAACCCGUUUGUUUCAAGGAGCGAGAUGGGAAUUAGAAAAAAUCUGUAUGGAAAAAUUCAAAAUUGAGAUUUACAGAAAAAUCCAUUUGUAAUCAUAGAUGAUGAAAAUAACAAAAUUAGGCAAAGUAAGUGAUUGACAAGUGUGUUAAAGAUAUUCUAUAAUAAUAUGGUGAGGAUUGACAUGCAAAUUCUGAGGUUGCUUUCUUCAAUGGUAUUUAUGAUUGGAUGAGUGAAGAAAUAAAAACAUUCCUGUUCUGUUUUGUUUUUUAAGAGACUUGGAUCCUGUUCAAGCACCUCAGUGGUCUGUGAGGGUCAGAAAAGCUGAUAACCCACAGUGUUUGUUAAGUAAGCAAUCCAGAGCUUAUAUUUUUCUAUUAUUCUUUAAAAUUACUUCAGGAAGAUAGGAAUUGGUUUUGACUAAGUUCUUGUAGAAAUAUAUUUUUCUUGAUUGUAAAUUCACUUAAAUCGUCAGUGUUGAGUUUGCAUAUGGGAGCUCUGCUUAGGCAUGAAAUUCAUUGUCUUAGGCAUCGAAACACUAGUAAGUUCAGGCAAGGUUGCUGCAUGUGCCUUCAGGCUUGCUUGGGAGAUCAGUGCUUAUAUGCAGUGACAAUGCUAUGUAAAAAAGAAAAGGUUUUUCUCAUUCCUUCCUUGCUAAAAUUACAUAUAUUUAGACUGUAUUAGACUCUGCUUUAGGUAUGUGAUUUGGGGGAAAACCUAAUAUUCAAAAAUCUGACUGCAUAAAUAAUUUUUUUAAUUUCCUUGUGUAGGUGAUUUUGUCACGGAAUUUUUCAAACUGUGUCGUCGGAAAGAAUCGACUGAUGAGAUUCUUGGAAGAUCAGCAUUUGAAGAGGAGGGAAAAGGUAAAAAGUCAAGUUAAUUUUCUUUGCCUUUGUGCCUAUGAAAGCAGCUGUAAUUUUAUCUGAAGCAGGAGGGUCUUGAUAGAACUAAUGGUAGCAUCUCAUGUGAGGGGCUGGGUUGAAAAUAUGUCGGUGUAAAAAAAAAGAAGCCCUUUCCUCAGAGCUCUUUAUUUAUAAGCCUCCUCUUCCUCCUCCAUCAUUGUCUAUUUUAAGCCUCUGUGUCAAAGGUACCAGCAUAAAUGGCUUAUAAGGUUUAAGCCCUCAUCUUGUCUCCCCCUUCCCUCUGCAGCAUGCUCAGUUUCUUUGCAGCAGCAUGUUUGAGGAUACAUAGCCUUGGUUACAUAAAAAAAUCCAGCAUGGCCUAGUUCUGGUUUUGGCAGCAGGUGGCACACUCGUAUUUAGCAAAGUAGUUUUGCUGUUUCAUACUGAAAGAGAAGAAUACUGAUGAUGAUGUAAAUGCAAAUAAAGACAAAUAAAUUGAUAAUUGUAACUGUGGCCUUGGUAUUUUGUAGAUGCUGACAUAAGCCAUGCAUUGUCAAAGCUCACAGAACCAGCACCUGUCCCAAUCCAUAAACUGUCUGUGACAAAUAUGGUUCACACGGCAAAGAAAAAGAUUCGCAAACACAGAGGUGUAGAUGAAUCACCAUUAAAUAAUGACGUCCUCAAUACUAUUCUUUUGGUAAGUGAACUAGCUGUGCUGUUGCAUUUAAUGACGAUGCUUUAUAAUAUUUAAAUUCGCGUUCUCCCGCGGCCAAGAGUGUCUUUGCCCAGUGUCAGUUCACACUGCAGGGGUACAAAUCAUUUUAUAAAGUUCUUGCUUCCCUCUGUAGAGGAGUAAAUGGUAUCUAGGAUAUAUGAUAAAGAGUUAUUGCAGAACUUAAUAGCUGUGGGAAAUGGCAAAGACAACAUAUUUGAAAACUGACAGUAUGUACUUUCCUCCUCAAGUACUUAUUCCCUGAUGCUGCUGACAAAUCAGCAGAUGGAUCUGAAGCCAGAACUAGUCCUUCAGCAGGAUGCUUCCCACCCACAGACAAUGAAGACUAUGUAAGUUCAAUUUGCUUACGUGACUAAUAUUUACCAUAUAUAUAUAUAUAUAUAUAGUCCAGUAGCACCUUAGAGACCAACUAAGUUUGUUCUCGGUAUAAGCUUUCAUGUGCGUGCACACGAAAGCUUAUACCGAGAACAAACUUAGUUGGUCUCUAAGGUGCUACUGGACAAUUUUUUUAUAUAUUUCGACUGCGUCAGACCAACAUGGCUACCUACCUGAAUGUAUCUGCCAAAUCUAAAUGGCUUUUAAUAAAAGGAAAACGCAACCCAAAGGUCUGCUUGGGGGCUUUUGUUAUGUGUCCAUUUUAGUUAUAAAAGGAUGAGUUUUCAUAUACAAACCUUUGUUUUUAUUAGCUUUGUUUCUAACUAUAUUUUAGCGACUGGAGUUGUGUAUAUCCUGUGUUUUAAAGACAUUAUUAACAUUUUCUCAAGGGCAACACAGUUAUCAAAUAAGUAAGAUGAAUUCUGCAGGUAUUAUAAAUUAAGGAAACUUACAUAAUUUGCUUAAUUUUUAAACGCCACAAAAUAUUUUUUCAUGCUUUUUUGUCUUUGUUUUCUCUGCUUCUUCCUGUGUAUAGAACAUCUACAUCCAAUUCAAAUCUGCUCCUUCAGACAGCUUAACUUACAAACUGGCCCUUUGUCUUUGUAUGAUCAACUUCUACCAUGGUGGUGUCAAAGGAGUUGCACAUCUCUGGCAGGAGUUUGUCUUGGAAAUGCGCUACAGAUGGGAGAACAACUUCUUUAUCCCAGGGUGAAUUAUAUUAGUAUUUAUUAGCAUCAUUUAGUUGCAGUUUAAUUAAUACAGGCUGUAAUUUAGAACUUCCACUGUCAGGAUGAGAGAGCCAGAUUUUCCUGGCAUCUCAGAGGCAUUCUUGUUUGCAGCCAGUUAACUUGAUUGUGUAAAAUAUAGUGGGGAACUAUUUACAUUUUUGUUGAUUCUUCUUUCAUGUAGCUCAGAAUUAAAUUCUAGAUUAACCCUAUCAGAGAGGUCAGUCUGAUUAAUUGUGAUGGAUCCUUCUCAUUUCAUUUACUUACUUAUUUUUGGUAAUUACUUAUUUUUGGUUUUUAUUUGUAUUAUAGCUUUUGAGAUUUAAAAGUUUAUUUUUUAAAAAAUAACUGAUGGAUCCAAGUGCAUUUAGGUUGCAAUUCAUCAUAAGGGCAGGUGCAAUUAUAUAUAUAUAUAUGCCAGUGCCACCCAUCUGACUGGGUUGCACCAGCCACUCUGGGCUGCUUCCAGCAAAUUAUAAAACUACAGUAAAACACCACACAUUAAAAACUUUGCUUUACAGGGUUGCCUUCAGAUGUCUUUUAAAAGUCAAAUACAGUAGUUGUUUUCCUGAAUUCUUGUGUGUAUUUGCAAGCAGGUCUUAAGCAGAUAUGCUUGAUUGUGGCCCAAGGCACUCAUUAAAAUCUGAUAUACCUUGGUGCUGCUCCUUCUGAAAACUGCGUUUUUUACUUUACAUCUUGCUGCAAGUACUAGUUUACAACAGGGUUUUUAUGUAAUAAUAAUACAGAUGUAACUUCAUAUUAGGUUAACGAGUGGUGCUCCAGAUCUGAGAUGUUGUUUACUGCACCAGAAACUCCAGGUAACUAUUUCAAAAUAAGUUAUCUAUCAAUCUAGGAUACAAGAUAAUGAUCUUUAAUGCUUUACAAAAUAUAAACUAGGAUCUGGUACUUUUUUAUUGUUGCAGACAUUGUUAGAGUUGUAAAAUGUAUCCUGCCAUUACUAUAUUAGUUGGGUAGCAUAUCAGAUUAUUACAGAAAUAAUCAGCGAGUUGAGUUUUAUUCAUUGUUAGUGAUGCUCAAGAGUAAGUAAAGGGUAAAGGGACUCCUGACCUCUAGAUCCAGUUGUGGACGACUCUGGGGUUGCAGCGCUCAUCUCUCUUUAUUGGCCGAGGGAGCCGGCGUACAGCUUCCGGGUCAUGUGGCCAGCAUGACUAAGCAGCUUCUGGCGAACCAGAGCAGCACACGGAAACACCGUUUACCUUCCCGUCGGAGCGGUACCUGUUUAUCUACUUGCACUUUGACGUGCUUUCGUACUGCUAGGUUGGCAGGAGCAGGGACUGAGCAACGGGAGCUCACCCUGUCGCGGGGAUUCGAACUACCGACCUUCUGAUCGGCAAGCCCUAGGCUCUGUGGUUUAGACCACAGUGCCGCCUGCGUCCCAUGCUCAAGAGCAGGAUCACUUUAAUAAUGGACAAUACUAACUUGGGUUAAUGAAUUUCAGUGGGUCUGCUCUGAGUAUGUGGGUGAUGACUUGUGAACAGAAGUGUCUUCGUGCUGUGCAAGCGCAGGUGUCGAUCUCGGCUGUUCUUACAUAAGUUGUGUUAUGCAGCUUAAUGGAAAUAUUGCCACUGUGGAAGAGUGUGCAUAUCUGUCAUAAUAAGUUUUCAAUGUGCUUUCAUUUCCAGAUGUUAAAUUGUUGUAUUGAAAGAAAGAAAGCAAGGGAUGAGGGGAAAAAAGGAAGUAAUUCUGACCGCUCUUCUGGAGACAUUGGAAAAACAAUUGACUUGGUGGGUAAAGACUAUUUAAAAGAGGGUGAUAAAGAAAAAGGAGAAGUAGGAAAAUCUUGGGACUCCUGGAGUGACAGUGAAGAAGAAUUUUUUGAAUGCCUAAGUGACACAGAGGAACUUAAAGGAAAUGGACAAGAAGGUGGGAAGAAAGGGGCUGCAAAAGAGGCAUUAAAGCCAGAAGGUCGUUUACAUCAGCAUGGCAACUUGACUUUGCUUCAUCCUGGAGACCCCCUCUAUGUUCCAGUAACACAGGUUAGACCUGGAAUUAUUUCUGGUUUUCUGAUUUCUGUUAACUUGUUUCACUUGUCAUACCUGUUAGAGAUAGCUACAUCAUAGGAAGAAAUCUGGCACCACUACAUUGAUUUUGUUUCUCCUGCAUAGUGGUGACAAGUUUUUCCUGCAAAAGUAAGGUGACUUUUAAAGCCAGACCAUUGGUACAUCUAGGUUGGAGUAGUCCUGCCUCCAUCCUUUUUCUCCUUCAAACCCUGGUUUGAUCUUGGUUUGUGGUCAUAUUAAAGCUUUUCCUAAAUUGGACUGUGAAAAAGAGCUCCUUGAAUUGAUAAAGCCACAAGGAUUGUUGUUCUGUUGAUACCAAGUGUGAAUGGAAUUCCCCAUGUAAGAAAUGCUUGUUCUUUGUACUUUUCAGGAACCAGCUCCUAUGACUGAGGAUCUUCUGGAAGAACAGUCUGAAGUAUUGGCUAAACUGGGAACAUCAGCAGAAGGGGCUCAUCUUCGAGCACGCAUGCAGAGUGCCUGUUUGCUUUCUGAUAUGGAAUCUUUCAAGGUGGAUGCAUGAUUCUAUAUGCCAUGGGACCGUCUUAGUGAUGAAUAUACUAGUGUAAACACUCCAGUCAGUCGGAAAGGGCACAAUUACAGGAUUUCCCCCAGUAACCUCUUUCACCAUUGCUUUCCUUCCAUUUUACUUGGUGGUUCUUUGUAUAACUAUCACCUUCACUGUAGUUUAAAAUGUUCAUUUCUAUAUUGCACUAAUUUACCUGGUGUUUGUCUCUGAUAAUGCACUCAUUUUGACUCCGUGUCAAUCAUUUGAGGGAAAAUCAGCUGAUGUUUUUGUUUUGAAAUAGAAGUAGUUGGUUAGAUACUUUAUACCUUCUGGAAUUACUCUUUUCAAAGCAAGAAUUGUGAUUUCCCCCUAAAUCACAAAAGCCUAUUUACUCAAGCUGAGGACAGCUUAGUCUUAUUGAAGUCAAUCCAGUGUACAUAUUAACUGGCUUUGAAGCUCAUAGCUUUGGAAUUUUAGUACAUGUCAUGGUGAAUAAGACUACUACAUUGAGCUUUCUGAGGUAUUUGAAUGUGUGCUUUCAUUGUUUUUGUUUUACUUUUGUGAUCUCUGUGAAAUUGUAUUCUGUAGCUUUAAGAGCUAGGUGUAUAACAACAUAAGUAUUCUGCCUAGGCUUGCUUUUCAAACAUAAGCAUAGUUCUGUGCUAUAAGAGGUUACCCAUUAUAAAAUCUGUCCAAGUUGUCCCCCCCCCCCAAUUAUUUGUAUGGAUUGCUUUAUUAUAUCUUUGUGAGCUACUGAAUUAAUGAAGGAGGAAAAGGUGUGAAACAUAUCUUAAUAUUAGAAGCUUCCAACUUCCUCAUAUAUGACGAGGACAUUACAUCUUAGGGCAGCUUCUCAUCUAUCUUGUAUAUUAAAGCACCCCAAUUUCCUAGAUGUGGCACAACAAUUUAACAUAGGCUAGAAAAAUCAGGUUGCAAAAUAGGUAUUAUGGUAGGUGGAAUUCUAAAUAGAAUGACAGUUGGUAUAAAAGUGUUGUAAAUAAACGUUUGUUCACCAAUGCAAAUUAUUCCUUUUUCUUCCAGACUUUUCAGAGGUAGGGGCUGGUUCCUUCCUAUCACUUUUCUGUCUAUUUUAAAGAAGAAAGUGGUGAUAAUGCAUUUUGUUCUUGGGUAUUUUUACCUGAGUUUUAGUUUGUAGGGCCACUUAAGGUAUUACAAUAUAAUUACAUUCUGUAUUCACAGUGUAAAAAUUAGAGUGGGGUUAGCUACUAAGCCACCAGAGAUAACAUUUCCCCUCUCAUUGCAAAAGUCAAACAGAAGUGGAUCUUGUGAAGCUGCUCUGGGAAUUCUGAAUAAUAAAAAUUCACGUCUGACUUUUAUGACAAGUUGGCAACUUUAAUUUUAGGAUGUGUGUAUGUAUCUUUUUAAAAAAUGCAAGUAUUGAAAUGUGGUAGUGUAGGUGCCCCUAAGUCACUUGUGCUUCUCUCGCCUGAUAUACAGCUUGGAAAGUAUGUGGGGGAAAAAUAAAAUGUUCUGGUUUUGCUUUCUCCACCCACACUGCAUCCUAGGCUGCCAACCCUGGUUGUUGUCUGGAGGAUUUUGUGAGAUGGUAUUCACCUCGGGAUUACAUUGAAGAGGAAAUUGUGGAUGAAAAGGGGGAUGUAGUCAUCAGGGGUGAACUGAGUGCUCGAAUGAAGAUUCCAAGUAAUAUGUGGGUUGAAGCGUGGGAGACGGCAAAGCCGAUUCCGGCAAGAAGGCAGAGACGGCUUUUUGAUGACACUCGUGAGGCAGAGAAGGUAAGAGGACUUGCGACAGGCUGCACAGACACUGCCCAUUUCCAUUGGAACUUUGUGUCUUGGCUUUCCUGAAUCUCUCCAGCUGACUAUGCAGGUCACAUUUAAGGUUGGACUGAAUAAUGCAGUUUCCUUCUGGAAUUAUAAUUCCCUGGAAUGACGGUUAUUUUGUUUGUGGAAACAUGUAGACAAAAUCAGCAAAGGCACGUGAAGUAACUUUGGAGAUCAGUAGCACUUAGGUAUUGUAAGCGCUUUGGGAAUGAAACCUCUCAUAGUUUUUACUUAGCAGUAAUUGUGGUAGAGCUCCCUUUCAGCUGUCUGCAUGCUGCCCUUUAUCAGUUCCAAACACUUUCCCUUUUUCCUUCCAGCAUUCGCCACAUUUUCCCCCAACACCUGUCUCAUCCAAAAAUUGCACCUGAUCAGUGGAAAGCACCUCUCCAUAGCCUCACUUAUUGGGAUGUUCUCUUAGUAGCUUCCAAAAGCUGUUUGUUAAUGCAUAUACAUAGUUGUGGAGUUUUGUUUCUGCUGUUGUGCUUUAAACACUCAUUGCUUUUGUUGAGUUCAGUCAUGUUCAGAUCAUCUGAAUUCUCCUAUGAUAGACACAGAACUUGUAGUUCCCCAAAGAACAAAUGGUUCUCUAGUCUAAAGUACCAGAAAAAAGUCUUUGGAAAUGUUUCCCCAGAAUUUAUGGGCAUUUUUAUGAAGGCCAUGAAGUAUUAAUGUAGAAGAUUUAUUUUAGUACCCUAGUUGCCAUAAUAUGUGUACUUUAAAAUACUGGAGAGAUGGUGAGAUUCAUUGUGCAGAAUCAAGAUGAUCAGAUAUGAAUGAGAACAUUAUUGGUGUUAUGUAAUCCUUUUACCAUACCUUCAGGUGCUGCACUAUUUAGCAGGUCAGAAACCAGCAGAUCUUGCAAGGCAUCUUCUGCCUUGUGUCAUCCAUGCAGCUGUACUCAAGGUAAAGGAAGAAGGUAAAUAACACUUGUUAAAAAAAUGCAGUAUACUUUGUGUGAAGGUGGAACUAUUAUUACAAUAUACUUCUUGUUUUAACAACAGAAUCGGUGGAAGAUAUUUCUUCAGUAAAGAAGAUAAUUAAGCAGAUAAUCACCCACUCUAGUAAAGUCCUCCGGUUUCCAAACCCAGAAGACAAAAAAUUAGAAGUAAGGGGUUUACUUAACUAAGUUUGAGAAGAAAUGUCUUUAAAAGUAAGGCAUAUAACAAAAAUGGAAAAUACUUUCCCUCUUACACAGGAAAUUAUUAGUCAGAUUUUGAAUGUGGAAGCCACUAUUGCCCGGGCAAGGUCACUGAAAGCCAAAUUUGGGGUAGAGAAAUGUGAACAGGAAGAUGAACGCAAAGCUCUAGAAAAGUGAGUAAUCUUGAAUUCUUUGUUUCAUAGGCAUGUGCAAGUCAUGUUUCAUAAUAACUCCCUCUUCUUGCUUUGUUUGUUACCUCAAAGCGCAAGGCCAUUCCAGGCUUAUCUGCUGCAUUUUUCCUGCAUUCUGGUGUUUGGAUAGUAUAAGCAUGGCAGGUUUAUUUACACCUGUGUGUAUUUUGGAAGAAGGAAGGCCACCCAGAGCAGCCGCCAACAUAAAUGAUUAUUCUUAUAAGGUCAAUCUGGUUUCAAGUUAAGAGUGUUCUCUGAAGAGCAGAAACCAUGGCUAAUGUUUUGCUGACGUAACUAUUAAUCAUGGGGAAGGAUGGCAGCAAGAAUGUGUGGGUGGGAGAGCAGGGACUUCGCAGGAAGUUCUUGGUCCCGGGGUGAUUGGCACAUUUGACACUGCAGCAUCAGGUGUGUCCAUAUCCCCUUAAACACCGUAUUUUAUUUCCUUGUAAUACUUUUUAUCAAGUUUAAUGUUACGUGUUAGACAAACCAUACAAGAGAAACAACUUUACUAAAAUAAAGGCAAAACAAAAGCUAUGUUUACUUUCUCUAUCCCACUAUUCAGGGGAAAGUUAGUCUAGAAAGCAUUUACGUACAAAUAAUAAAAAAUGGGGAAGGGUUAAGCUGGAGACCAGUCGUGUUGUAGUAUAGUAUCCAAAUUGUCUGUUGUGUUUUGGGUGGCAGAAUUUGACCACUUUGCUGCAACACAUGAGCUGGUAAGAUGGUACCAUGUAUUAUCAAAGCUACAUUUUAAUUUUACUCCUCUUAAUAGUCUAUUAUGCGCUGUUAGUUUCUCUGCCACUGCCUUGGUCCUCUCCCCUUGAAACUUUCUGCAGUAUGGGCAAUAUUAAGUAUUUAUGGAUAACAUUAUGCAUGGUAAUGGAAAAUAGAUAAAAGAUCAAAACCUUGGUCCAUCGGGAUGAUUUCGAGAACUAUGGCAGAAAUCUCAACACAGAGUAUAUUUGGUUUGAAUAACUAAUUCUAUUGCCAGUCAUCCAGAGCAGGAAAAUUAAUACAUGCAGUGUACAUCCAUGCAUAAACUGGCCUUAAGCUAGAUACAUGGAAUGUGAGCUCAGUUCCUUCCUACCACUCAGCUGUGGUACCAAUAUUGAAACUAUUUUUAAAAUAUGGUUGCUUCUUUAAAAACGGAAAAAAAUAUUUUAUUUUGCUGACUUUUUCCUUUCCUUUCUCUUUCACUACCAGAUUUGUGAAUUCUUUCCUGGAACAGCCAGAAGUCUCGGUCACUGGUGCUGGAAGAGGACAUGCUGGUACUAUAAUUCACAAGCUUUUUGUGAAUUCACAGCGGGUAAGAUGGACUUUUUAACACCUCUAACGUAGGCCAUGUAAGAUUACUCUCAGUUCAAAAUGCCAGGCUUGGAACGUGCCUCCGUGUAUAAGAAUACUAUGGCUAUAUUAAAUAUUCAGCUAAAUGUAAAACGGGCAGUACUUAACAAAGCACAGAUUAUAGAUCAGUGUGUUCCUUCCAGGCUGGUAGUUCUGUGAAACAAUUGUGGGCGUUUUGUUGUGCAUUAAUGUAUGUAAGGUCCAUUUGUACUAAUGCACAUUGAUUGAACGAAGCAGUAGUUUUUAGGUUUCCAGAACAAAAUGAACUUUGCAUUUCAUAACAGCCACCAGUAAGUGUUUUCCAGGUCUAAUUUUUCAUUGUGUGAUAUAAUAGCAGCUUCUGGAAUGCUGUAAUGUAUGUUUAUAUUUCAGUCCUUUGCUAUUGAUUACUGGUGUGGUCUCAGGGAGGACUUGGGUAGGCAGAAGACUUUAGGGAGUUACUGAAGGGCCUAGGAGAAGAUUGGAAGUGGAAUAGGAGCAAGAGAAGGCCUGAAAGGAGAGGGGUUGGUUGCACAUGGUCAUGAGCUGCAAAUGUGAGAGAGGUUGAAGUUUACAGAAUGUUUUUAAACAACCAAAUAAUUUGUGGCCGCAGAGAACUAGUUGGCGUAUUUAAGGAACUUGUACUCUCUACUCUGGACCCAAAGAAGCCCUUGCUUGGGCAGACAGCAUACCUGCAACUCCAUUGGGGUGCACUUGCUCAUUCCGCUAGUCUGCCUCCAGCCCUGCGAUACACUGCAUGCUGUUUUGGAGAGUUCCUCCACCUUUAAGGGAAUGGCUUUGUAGGAACACAGAAGUCUGUAGCGAGAAGGGUCUAUUGCAUGUAUAAAUCUCUGUAUUUCCUGUGACAGGAGAAAUAUGAGGAAGCACUUGCACAUGGGAAAUUGCUCACAGUAGAUGAAAAACAGCAAGUGAGAAGAUAAGAACUUAAGGAAGAAUAUGAUUGGAGUAGGAAGCAUGCAGAUUUUCUGUGCUGGUGAAAAAAACCCAUGCAACUCUGCAUUCAUAAUGAAAACAUGAUGAAGUUAUCACUUAAUUACGCAAAGUUGCGUCCCAGUGUAGGGACUGUCUGUCUAGUGUAGGGACUGCCGUGGAUAGGAUUGGGAAAGCCUCUUGCUGAAGUGAUCUUCUGCUUGUUCUUUUAGAACACGAAUAUCAGUAAAAAUAAUGCUUGCUAAUAAUUCAUUUCUGCAAGGUCAUUAACUGGUAAAACUUAAUCCCAGUAGUAUUUCAUUUUAACCAAUGGAUGGACUGAUUUUUUUCCCUUAGCAGCUUUAAAAUGCAUGAUAAAAAUAAGGCAAGUUUAGUGAUUCACUUCCCUGCAUGCAUUCUGAGGCACAAAAGCUCCUGCAGCUGUAGGCUGCCCUGUUCAAUUUAAUAGCAGCAUUAAACAUCCAUUUCAGAUGAAUAUAAGUGGGUAGUAACUGCCUCUGUUGAAAUGAACAAACUCCUUUUGUCUAUCAGUUGCUAGAUUAGGACAUGUAUGGAAAGUUGCAUCUGCUGAAUGGGCAAAAAUGAGAUUGAUUAGACUGUAAUAUUGUUUAAAUUUACCAUAUUAUCUGUACCAGUUCUGCAUCAGUGUGUUCUAUGUUUGUUUUGUGUUCUGAGUGUUUAUCACAGUAGCUCUCUUGACUACAGCAUAUACCUGGAGGGCACUCUGCCUUUUAAAGCAGACAAUUCUGAAACCUCUCUUGACCCCAUGUGAGUCAUCUCUGACUUGCCUUUCUUUAUCUUUUAUCACUGGUUCUCUUCCUUAUCCAGCUGACUGAAUCUUCUGAGGAGGUAACUAGAUCUUUCCCUAAUUUUCUAGUCAUCUGCCUAACCUCAUGUAGGUGCAUAGAAACGAAUGCUCUAGCAGCAUAGUGCAGUUGCUUGAUUUGCCUCCUACUGAUCACUUGCAUAGUCAAACCAUUAAAAUAGCUUCAUCUUACCAACUUCAAACAAGAUUUUCUGAAACCAGAAGUUUUGAAACCAGGUUGUGAAGUAACUUGUGAUUGAAAAACUGGAGCCUUAAGUGGAUGUCUAACUGGAAGGUAUUUGAAGUCUAAAGGCCUCACAGAGCCAUGCCUUGUUUGGUAAUCAAGUUGUUGCCUAUGGCUUCUUCAGAUGUGCAUGUGUUUUGGCUGGCAAGGACUAAGCAUCAUAAACUGUUUCAGGAACAUUUGUCCACUUUUAUUGCAGAAAGCAGUUUAGUUUUUGCUGCUUUAAUACUUUCUCUUGCUUUAUUAAUACGUCCUCAUAAAAUGCUCGCAUGAACAGAUUUAUGCUUCUCAGUUAUGAAGCAGCUGUAAACUAACUCUACCCACUUAGGAUAGUCAUAUUUUUUACCUUAGAGAUGCUUUAUGAAAGAAAUUUAACUCACUUAGUAACCAAUUACUUCCUUGGUGCUAAGAAAGACAGGCCAUUUGUGACAUACAAUAGUUCUCAUCCUGUUUGAGUGGCAGGACUCCCUGAAACAGGGAGUUGGCAUAGCGCAGUGCUGUGAUAGUAUAAGGUCCCAGGCACAGUUAUGUCCUUUAUCAAACUAAGGUAACAGGGCUAAAAAGGAUCACUGCAAGAUGGGCGAAUGGUCCGACUCAUUAGGUGGUCAUGUCAUGUGAAAAUACAUCAAGCCCUGAUUAACACUGGUUUCCUUAGAUACAGACCCAAACACUGUAGAUUUCAUAGCAAAGCUCUUGUAGUCUAAUUUUAAUCAUAAUUUGCUGGAACCUCAACAUUACAUUGUUUUGACUUUUAACUAACAAAUGUCAUGUUUUCUGUUUUGGAGACCAGUCUGAAGCAGUUCAAGGUCCACUUCAUGAACCUGACUGAGAGUGGUCUGUGGUGUUGUCAAUUGUGUGGCCCCCCAGGCUGUGUGUUUAAUACUUGUUUACCAGUAUUAGUCGUGUUGUAGAAGCACAAACUUAAAAACCUACAUUUCUUCACUUUAGAAAUCCACUGCAAAUGGUGCUUUCAUUGUCACACUCAUUCAUUCUUCUCUUACAUAUCCGUCUGUGCCUGCAUAUUGCAACUUCUUCAAAGCCAAGACUAUCUGUUUAUGUAGCCCUUAUUUUUUGAAUUAUCCUGCCGUUCUUUGGUUUAAAAAAUGAUUAUGAAGCAAACAAAACACAUCAAUAGUGAGGCUUCUGUAUUUUUUUAGGUUGCCACAAUGAUGCCCCUUGAUGAAGAACUUAAGAGGUCUGGCUCUUUGGAUGAGAAACGUUUCAGUUCCGGAAUAGCUGGAGACUUUCCCCUGCCCGCAGGACGUGAGGUUAUUUUGCGCACAACUGUCCCACGGCCUGCCCCUUACUCCAAACCUCUGCCUCAGCGCAUGUAUAGUGUUCUCACAAAAGAGGACUUCCGACUAGCUGGUGCCUUUUCAUCUGAUACAACAUUCUUCUGAUGUCACUGUGUAGCCUGCCGACAAUGCAUCUCUGCCGGUGGUUCAAAUGGUCAUUCCAUGUCCAGUACUCUAGAGCUGAGGAUUAUCCUUUCAUAAAUUUAGUAAUCAGUAAUAAAAUACUCACAGACUAGUCACUGAGGAGCAAUGCUCAAUGCCAAACAACUGUCUCAUAAGAUGUAGGUAGAACUUUAGAGUAAACUUUUAUUGGGGAAAACUCCAUCUGCAUAUAUGUGUUAAAGGGCUUUGGAGGGAUGCUGGGAAUGGGAUUGUUGGGGAGCAAUCCAUUCCUGUUUACAGUGAUAAUGAAAAUAUCAGAACUCUGCAUUAAGCAUAAAAGCAAAUAUGGUGAUACUUGUAGAAUUCUACAGCCUCGUGUGAAAGUUUACUUUGCUCAUCUAGACCAACCUGACCAUCAAAUGUGUAAUGCCACCAUCAAUGGGUUAUAAACUUUGUUUAAAGCUGUAUGUAGUCUACACAUAAUAAAAUGCAACUCACUUGUGGGUCUAAAUUGCUGUGUAUAUAUUACUAAAGAACAGAUGGACCAAAAAUUUAAACUACCAUCCAUCAAAAGUAUGAUUAAAAAGUGGUAAUUUACUAUAGUGAAUAUACCAGCAGCAUUUUUGCCACAGGAUGAAUUGUACUCAAACCCUCUGUACCACUGGCUUUCAACUCUUAGAAUCAUGCUGUUUGUUUAUAUACUGUUAGAAAAAGUAAAGGGUUAUUUUAAUGCAUUGGAUCUAUGUGUUCUGUUCUUGUAAAGGAAUGCUAAAUGUUAAGGUUUGAGGCCAUGCCACUGUUUUACGACCAUUCAUUCAUUUUUUUACACAAGACUACAAUCCUAGCCUCACUUACCUGGCAGAAAUCUCACUGAAUUCAAUAGGACUUGAUUCUGAAUAGACACAGUUAGGAUUGUGUUGUCAAGAUAAGCAGCUGAGCAAAGCAGCAGAUUACAAGGACAAACCUCAUGGUACAAUUAGGAAGCUAGAGGUUACAGCAGUACUGAUAUUUUAAAAAGCAUAUUCUGCUAUUCCACCACUGCACUUGUCAUAUAUGAGAAGAUGGUUAAGGGCUAAAUUGGUGCAUUUCUCUCUGUAUUAACCACUAAUACAGUUUGGGGAACAAUCGUUAAUUUUUAUUGGUCUAUCACUGUCAAAUGCAAUUUUACGUUCCAAAUCUUGAACUAAGAAAGUACAAAACUUUAAAAUGCCAAAGAUGUAGGUAGAGAUGCGUCUGCCAUGUCUGUCUAAUUGCCUUUCUCAACAUUUAUCUGCCAUGAUAACUCCAGGAUCUAGCCUUAGAAAAAGCUAGGUGAUUGGUUUAGGACAAUCCCACUAAAAAUCAACCUAUUAGUUUAUUAAGGUGCAUGAUUAAUCAGUUUGAUGAACUACACAUAAACUACACAUCUGAAUUAUUUUAGCUUCAUAAUUUCACAAAAAAAUUGGUAAUAUCAGAUCCAUACUUUGAAGCUACAGAUUUUCUUUUCAUUUGACUUCUUUCCUUGGCUUGCUUUGCUGUUCUCUGAAAAGAAGAGAAUAGUUAGAUAAAAUGCAUUUCAUAUCAACAUAUACUGUAUAGAGAAACUGGCACUGAUUACAGCAUCUUGAUUAGACUGAAAAGGUUGGUUGGUGUAGUAACUUUUAAGAUGGUCUAACAUAUAUUGUCUACCUGAAUUACAGAACUGCAUUGCAUCUAAAGUAAAUAACUUUCGGAGUGCAGUUAUCUGCUUGGCAAAUGAGAAAAUUUGCCAACUUUUAAGAAUUAAGGAAAUGCGAAAGAAUAACUGGUAGCGAAAUUGACUACAGGGCAAAGAAUAAAUAGGUCUAAGGAUGUUUGACCAAACUGCUGGAGGCAGUGGAGGACAGGAGUGCCUGGUAUGCUCUGGUCCAUGGAGUCACGAAGAGUCGGACACGAGUAAACAACAACAACAUGCAUAAUGUUGAAGGGUUGUGUCAGAGUAUUCUGUACUCACCUCCUUGUGGCAAACCGUACACAGUGUUUGAAGAUUUUCCAGGGAACACUGUCCUCCUCCACCAUAAACUGGCUUUAUAUGAUCCACUUGCCAGAACUGACCUUCAGUUGGGUUCCGUAUAAUUUCAUUUAACUGCAAUUAGAUAGGAUAUUAGAUAAGCUACUAAGCCUUUACCAAUUAGGAACGAGCUUGUACAUACCUUUCUACCUCCUCUCAUGAUUUGGCUUAAUCCAGGCAUAGGUAAACUCAGCCCACCAGAUGUUUUGAGAAUACAAUUCCCAUCAUCCCUGACCACUGGUCCUGUUAGCUAGGGAUGAUGGGAGUUGUAGUCCCAAAACAUCUGGAGGGCUGAGUUUGCCUAUGCCUGGUGUUAAGGUACCAAGGGGUUGCUCGAGAGCAAGUAGGCAAAUGCCUCUCUGCUCGGCUGUGAAGCGUUGCUUUUGAUGCCAAAAUAAACUUUCUCUGUGCGGAGUGCCACUCUCCCGUGGCUGGCUCAUUCACUGGCAGAAUCUGUGAGUGGGCGGUCCUUAAACCUUCCCCAGCAGAGUAGUUUUUUGACGCCCAAUCUGCGCCUCCCCUCUCAGCGCGGAAGUCUACUGCGCAGGGAGGGCGUGGGUAACGGAGGACCUCUCUCCUCCCCGCUUUGCCCAGGCAAGGUGUCCUGGCACCGCCUCGCCUCCUCCAAACCCUGAAGCUCCUCUCCACUGGAGGCGUGGUUACUCUCCUCCACUGAGGAGGUGCUGCUUCCCAUUAUCUUUGGGGGUUCUCUGUAAUCCAUCUGGCUUUUCCCCUCUCGCCCCUGAGCCGAUGGCAGUUCCUUGACACCUGGCUUAAUCAAACACUUACUGGUUAGUCAAACCAAUCUGCCAUAACAUCCAAACAACAAUUACAAUCCUAGUUGAAGGAAUCACAAAAACUACAGUUUGCCAGUUCAGAUGUAAUGCCAAACUGUGGUUCUGUUAAUCUAAAGCCAUGAGGAAAAAUGAUGGCGCAUAGACACACACAGCUUGUUCACAAUCCUCCAGAAGAUCUGAACAUGGACUUCGAAAUGUAGCUAGUACACACAUCCUCACUACCAGAUUAUCAACAUGUAUUGGGGGGGGGGGGAAUCCUACCCCAACUCUUGGUUCUAUGAACAUGAAAUAGGGUCUCAUCUAACCAAAGUUGUUCAAAAUGUUAAUGGUUUUAGAUACAUAUGUAAAGAGCAAAAGGUAAAUAAAUAUACAUGUGAUGGC